GCUAUGAUGGAGUCGAUGGAGUCAUGUGUCCCACCGGGGUUUCGGUUCCACCCUACAGAUGAAGAGCUUGUUGGUUAUUAUCUGAGGAAGAAAAUAGCUUCUCAGAAGAUUGACCUUGACGUUAUCAGAGACAUCGAUCUAUAUCGUAUUGAACCAUGGGAUCUCCAAGAGAGCUGCAGGAUUGGGUAUGAAGAGCAGAAUGAGUGGUAUUUCUUCAGCCACAAAGAUAAAAAGUAUCCAACAGGAACAAGAACUAACAGAGCUACCAUGGCUGGGUUCUGGAAGGCCACAGGAAGAGAUAAGGCAGUGUAUGACAAGACAAAACUAAUUGGAAUGAGGAAGACACUUGUUUUCUACAAAGGAAGAGCCCCUAAUGGACAGAAAACUGAUUGGAUCAUGCAUGAGUAUAGGCUUGAAUCUGAUGAGAAUGGACCUCCUCAGGAAGAAGGAUGGGUUGUGUGCAGAGCAUUCAAGAAAAAAGCCACUGCCCAAACGAAGAGUGCUGAAGGAUGGGACUCAAGCUACUUCUAUGAAGAAGCAAGUGGGGUCAGCACCGUGGUUGAUCCACUUGAUAUCCUCUCACGGCAACCUCAAAGCUUUUUAGCUCAAAGUUUCAUGUGUAAGCAAGAGAUAGAAGCAGAUAACAUGAGCUUCAUGAACCAAGACCAAUUUGUACAGCUUCCUCAGCUAGAAAGCCCUUCUUUGCCAUUAUUAAAGAGGCCAAACACAGUGUCCUUAAUACCAGACAAUAACGAAGAUGAUAAUCAAAACAAAUUAUCCAACAACAACACAGAGAAAGUGACUGACUGGAGAGCUCUUGACAAGUUUGUGGCUUCUCAACUGAGUCAAGAAGACAUGCAUGAAACUAACGCACUCUCAAGCUUUGAAACCAAUACCAGCUCGGACAUGGCUUUGUUUCUACUGCAGAGUAGUAGGGAUGAAGGGAACAAGUUAAGCCCGUUUUUAAGUACAAGCUCAGACUGUGAUAUUGGGAUAUGCGUAUUUGAAAAAUGAAGUACAAGAAGUGCAUGGAAACGAUUCUAC